AACAAAAAUAGUGUGUUGACAUUGAACAUUGUUGUUAAUUGUGUAUCAAAAUGAGCUUAUUGUGUCGACUAUGCUUGUGCUCGAUAAGGAAUAAGAGACGGACGCCCAUGAAAAAUGAACAGCUGUGUGCGAUGAUGGAACGCGUGUUUUGUUUCGUGGUCGCCGAUGAGGAACACUUUCCGGCAGAGGUUUGUUGGAAGUGCUUCUGCUGGGUGCGGGACUUCAGUUGGUUCAGCCAGCGAGUGCAGGCCGUCCAGGAGCUGCUGAAUCGCGAAUAUAUUUUCGGAAAUACUUCCCUUUCCGAAGCAUCGCAUGUGAAAUCUCAUCCCGCACUUGCCUCAGCCGAUGACACCGAAAUCGAACCGCCAGCGACAAGCGAGACCAGUCUGAUCGAAGACGAUGCUGUUGGUGAGCACCAAAUGCCCACCAAAUUCUGCCCCGAUCUAUCGGCUGAAGACGAAGAGCAGAUGCAGAUGCUCGAUGGCGAACCUGUUAAGGAGGAGGUUUUGGAAGACGAGAACGACUACGACGGCGAGGACAUUGCUACUAUGUCGGACCUUGACUCGAUUGUGAAAAUGGGAUCGGUUCGAGCAAUCAAUACAUUUACGGACAUCGAAUCUCUUGUGGAAACGGAACAUGCAGCGGACAUGGAAAAUUUAAUUAAAGCCGGUUAUUCUGUGGAGAUAGAAUCUGCUGAACCUAUGCCGACUGCCGCCGACUACUCACUGGAAGGCGACCUACUAGCCGAGCUCGAGAUACCGUGUGACGCGGAUACUCAGAUCCAGAUUUUGGACAACGAAGAAAAUGUGCCAACAGUACAGCCUCAUGGUACACGGCCCACUCGCACUUUUCCGAUCGUGCCGGCCUACAAACUACCUCGUAACGAGCACGACAGUGACACUCUAAUAAAGCAGUUUCUGGAUUACAAAUGCGAACUGUGCCCGGACGCGGAGCGAAAACAGUCAUUCGACACGUUCUACAGUUUGCGGAUACACUACGAGGAAGAGCAUGACACGCCAGGUUACAUGCGCUGUUGUAACCGAAAGUUCCACCGCCGGAACUGGUUGAAAGAGCACAUCAAUCAUCACCGUGGAGUGUAUCGCUGUAAAACGUGCGACAAAGUUUUCUGCGCCGAACGAACCCUGCGCUGGCACGAGGAGAACAUGCACAAGGAGCUGGGCUGGAUAUUGGAGCCAGACGAGCGACCAUUUGAGUGCGACACGUGUGGGUACACGUGCACCAACGCAAAGUCACUGGCCAGCCACAAGCAAAGGCAUAGGAAAAAAGAGUGCCCCAUUUGCAACAUCGUCUAUAAUGCCAAUUCGCUCAAAACGCACAUGGCACACGUGCACCAAAUAGGUGAGAUACUGAUUUGCGAGAUGUGUGCCCAUAAAUCUUAUUCGAAGCAGGCAAUGGAUAAGCACAAGAUGCUUCACCAUGCCAACGGGGACACCAAGUUUGUCACGACCUGCCAGUAUUGUGGAAAAGGUUUCCAGCGUCCAGAACGUUUGAAAGCGCACAUCAUCUACAACCACACGCAAAAGGGGCAGGUUUAUCAGUGCGACAUUUGUGGCCGAAACAGCCCCAACAGCAGGGCGCUUUACGAGCACAAAUCAAGAAUUCAUGCAGAAAAGCGUUUCCCGUGCGAGUACUGCGGUAAGGUGUUUGCCCGGAAGCUCUACCUUAGCGACCACCUGUCCACCCAUACGGGCAAUCGGAAGUACGAGUGCAAAAUAUGCGGCGUAAAGUACAGUUCGCGGGGAAACAUCGCCAACCACCGGAAAAAGAAGCACCCGGAACUGGUGCUCCUAAAGAAAUGAAACACAGGAAAUGUGUGCGCCGUUUGUUUUUACAAUAUGUUUGUUUAAUAAGUUUUAGUUUUAGUGAAUCAAGUAACCUAAAUAAAGUGUACAAUCUCCAAGCCGCCUGAGAUCUUGAUCAUUCCGUCACGGGCGAUCGCCUCACCUCAUCCACUCGCCUCUUGCUGCAGCAGCUUCCGGCGGGCUUCCCACUCGACCGGAUGUUUGUUUUUCCGAUGCGAGUACUUGUUCGCGUUGGAA